CAUAAAACAGGAAUAUGUAUUUUCUUUGUUUGGAAGAAUCGAAACAUGUCGGAGGGUUUUUUUUAAGAAAUUUAACGGAUGGAAAAAUAAUCGGUUGUAAAAUUUACAUUUUUUUCGGAUGCCUUUCGCGCACGAACGAUAUGAAAAAAAAAAAAAGAAAAAAAAAAAUCUCGAACGCGCGGGAUGCCCGGAAGAAAAAUCAAACUACACGAGCGGCGAAGAUAGCUCCGUUAUAACGCACAUAGCAUAGCACCUUCACUCCGGAUUGUAACAGAUAGUAUAGUCGAGAGGCAGUCUUUGGUAUACUACGUUGCGCUGCUGACCCAAAUGAAUCCUGGCCGCCAGUCAGUCCCGCUCCGGACUUCUUUGCGGCAGUAUUGGCCGCUCGCUCUCUCACAUUCUUGGUUCAAACCUGUUAAUUGUCAAUUGCCUCAAGUGUCAAAAUAUCAUUUUAAAAAAUAUGACGCUAUCUUCAUCCUCAUAUUUUUCUUUAUCGCGGCCGUAUCGUUGUAAGAUGACUAUUUAAAAAAAAAGGAACAGUGUUAAUUAUUAAUUAAACUUUGAUUAAUUGACAAUUUAGAUUUAAACAUUAGUGUUUCGAUGGUUCAAUGGUUCGCGCCUCAGAUGUCGAUGAUCCAUUUCGGUCAGAGUGCGGUUCUGCCGAUUGACUGGUGCUUGAUCCAGAAAUCGACGAAACAAAUUUCUCGUGACUGGUGCGUCGUGCGUGUUAAAACGGUGCUCCUAUUCAUUCGUAAGUGAAGGCACUCUGGGUUUACGACUACAGCUGUUACUCGUCAAAGUUAAAGGCGCGGAAAAACACGGGUUGAUCUGAAAAUAUAUUCAUCGUGGAUUUGUAGACUGAGAAGAAGGAGUGGCAUAAUGUAAGAAGAGCGGAUGCCAGAGCGAAGAAAUUGCGGGACAUCAUCGGGAGGACCAAACAUCUGUCCGGAGCACGCGCAGACUCAUUUUAGCAAUGCGACAUUCCACGCGCUAGUCCCGCGUAAUCAUUGACAAUUGGCAAGAUGCGAAGCGAAGUGGGCGAAUGGCUGGCCACGUGCGUAGGUUCGCCAAUAUGCAUUUUAUUACUGUCAUGGUCUCUAUUGAUCUACCAGAAUCAAUCUUCAUCUGCCAAAAGAAAAAUUGAUGUGCUAACAGUCGCGAUUCUCUCUCAAAGUCUCACACAUCAAUUAGGAUUGCUGCUGUACGCGAUUCUCACCUUAAUUCGUCCAGCGAAUCAUUUUGGAGAGUUAUGCUCGACGUUGGUAUGGGUACUGAACUCGUCGAGCAUUCUCCAGGAACUGACUCUCACGUCGAUCGCGGUGUUCGCGGCAAUUAGCAGUCAUGACGACGUUAUCAAUCUUACGAAGAAUCACCUCAAGUAUCAUUUGGUCAGCCUGAGCGUUAUCAGCGCCUGCAUCGGCGUCACCGGCGUCCUCAACUUUGAACCGGAAAUCUGCGUCUUCCUGGCUCACGAGAUCUCUCAUAAAUAUGGAGUCUUCGUCAAUUCUCUAAGGGGUUUGUUAGCCCUUACAUCUCUAUUCAGCGUCAUGGUUGCACUCUUCAAAAAUAUCUGUCGUCCAUCGACCUCCGAGCUGCUCAAGUCAGUCUCGGAUCUGUCCGAGGCAAGUUCGAAGAACUCUUCAGGAGCAUUCGAUUGUCAUCCGCAGCAUUGGGAUCCCUCGAGCGGAUCGUGCACCAGCGGUUCGACCAAUAGCAGAGCAUGUUUGAGGAAGAAAAAAGUGCAGGUUGACGAGGCCAGCGGCAGAUCUACCGUUUACAGCAUACUAUUUGUUUGUUACAUCUUCGAGCAUUUACCUAUCCUGAUCAUCUCCAUCAGGCCGAGUCUUCUAAAAAAUGUCUGCACACCUCAAAAUCUGGCGACGUGGUUGCCGUUGGUGAAGGAUACGCUGCUCCCGAUUUUCCUGGCCCUCUUCGACAAGAUGUUCUGCCGAUAUGUAGCCAAGGUGUACACUAAGCAGGAUCAUGCAAGAAAAUUGUCGCACGGCGGUAUAGAUGGUAAAUUUCGACACUUCGAACAAGAUACCGAGUACAAGCUACAAUUGAAUCUAAAUCAUGGGCUGAAGUUCCCCCUGACUAACGGAAGCCUCUACGGACGACUGCACAAUCAUCAGAACAGAGCGAAAACCGGGGGCACGAUUACCAUGGGAAUUCAGCAACACUAUCCCAAAACGCAGUCCAUGACCGAGGACAGCAAUUACGCAUCUUUACCAGCGGAAAUGUCGUCCUUCACGAGUUCGACCUUUGAACCGCGUCAAGACAGACUUCCCGAGUCACCAAAGAAAAAUUCGGCGGAACAGCAACAGCAAUCGGGAUACAGCAGACGGCCGAGGCCGAACGAGAAUUUGCACGAUCUCGCUGGGAAUCGCAGAAAAAUCGGCAGCACCGACGUCUUCGGGCAGAACAUGGAGAACCUGGUGCAGUUGGAGGAUUCUGCGAACAGUCGAAAGUUCCCGGCCAAGAAUCUGGACGAGAUCCGCGAGGAGCCGUCCAGGCGACACGCCAGGAGCGUUCUCGGUCUGGAGAACCUGAUUCUCGGCCUGGAGAACAAUCUCCAGGAUUAUCCUAGAAAUGUUCUGCGCAGAAAUCAAAGCUUUGACCAUGCCAGAUAUCAUCGACCUAUGCUCGACACGAGGACCUACAACUUGAAAAAAGAUGAUCUCGUGAGGGAAAAUCUUCAUUUAAAUCUCCAGAGACGAGAUAGUCAGGGACAUUGUGAUGUAUAUGAUAGCUCCGACGAUGAGAGCUGCGAUCUGGAGAACGGCGACUUCGACACAAUGAGCUCCUGCAGAAGCAGAAGCAGAAGCUGCUGUUCCGUUACCACAGUCGCUAACGAUGAUUUCGAAUAUUUCCAGCGUAAAGGAACCAAGGUGGAGUUGCUGCCCUCGAAGCGAACUGGCGAGGUAAAGGUCAGCAUGCGAUCUUUCACGCCGCGUAUCAUAGAGAACGGCACGGAGGACCGGGAGGACAAGAAGUGCGGCGGCAACGCGAAACUGCCCGACACCAAGCCCAGCAUACAGUCCUAUCAUCUGAAAAGUAAAAGGAUCGCGCCCGGUUAUUCGAUGAAUGACCUGGAUAAAUUAACGAUUAAUCGAAGGCUGCCGAAUCUCUCGAUGGAGAGUCUGAAGAGCAUCCUGAAGAACUCCGACGUGAGUUACCUCGACAACGGCGACAUAUGCAAGCACGACAUCGGCGGCUCGGCACCAGACUUCAAGAAGAUCUUCGUCACUGAGUUCAUAUGAAGCUUGUACCACGACGUGAUACGGAGUGUUAACAAACACGGAAGAGUGUGUAUCGUUUGUCCUUGUGAUAUAACAGCGAUACGACAACAAAUAUAGAUAAUUCGCUUUGAUAAAAAAA